AUGGACCGCACACCCACUGAAGUGCUUAAACUCAUCGUCAAGAGCGUCGCACAGCCAGAUACAUGGGCAUCGCGUCGUGAUUUAAGCAAUCUUCGCCAAGUGAAUAAAAGGAUAUCAGCCAUCACAACACCACUGUUAUUUCACACCAUCCCUCUUUGGAUCGGACUGAAAGUCUCAGAGAACGCCUCGCGCCAGCCAUCAAAGCAGGUAAUUAGGCGGACAAUUGACGAAGAUGCUCUUUUGACAAGUAUUGUUGAGCUAGCAGCCACACAAUAUGUGUCUACGAGGAAAAGAUACAUAGAGGAACAACGCCUUCUGAACACAGAUUCCCAAGCCAGAAUCAUCAUGACACGAGCUUUGAAGCAGCUUGCCAAUGUGAGAAGAUUCACAAUACUUCUUCAGCAUCCAUGGAUUGGCUUUCAAGAGCUAGAGAAGGCUUUCAAAUACAUCAUUCGCGAGGAGUUUGAUUUCAGUAUCGCACCAGGUUUUUUUAUUGCAUUGGAAGCUAUAGUCAAAGGAUGCCCAAGGCUGGAGUGCCUAGAAAUUCUCAGAGUGAAAGGCAAACAGCGACCCUACAAAGGAUUUGACUUCUCCCACGACGACACAUUCUCAACGUCUUCAAUUGCCCUAGAAAUCGAUAAAAUUGACCAUGAAAAACUCAGUCUCAAAGACUUGACUUCAUUCACAAUCCGGCUUCCAGAAUAUGACGAUGAUGAGUCGGAUGAAACCGAUUGGAUGGAUAUUUUUGCUGGGUUAGAGGAGCUAUGUCACGACUCUGAUAAACUCCACAUCGUUCACAUAAUUGGUCCCAAAGAUGAGCCCGAACCUAGCUUUUCCAUAAUGGAAAACAUGGCAGCAGAGAAUCCAUGGAAAAAUGUCCGUAUCUUGAAGCUAGACAACAUGAAAUUCAAGAACAAUAAGACAUUGGUGGCCUUCUUUCAAAAUCGCUGUAAUGUUCUCGAAGAAGUCUAUCUAAAACGUAUGUGUUUGACAAAAUAUUCAGCUGGAAAAGAUUGGACCACUGGUCUACGACAGAUGAGGAAAAUGCGCUGGGCAGCUUUGAAGACCUUCAAGCUUAUCAAGUGUCAGAGAUCGAAAGCUUCUGCGGACGUGGCGCCCGAAGCAAGAGACAAAAAACAAUUACUUGAGAGGUUUUCAUUGACCAGACCGGGCGAAGAGUGA